AUGGAAGAUGGCACGAACGCCACGAAACGCAAUCGCUUGAUGAACUAUCGACAACUAAAAGAGAUCCCGUCAUUGACCCGCUGGGCCUCCAACACUCGCUUCACUAGUAGCACCCGCACUACGGCCCGCCGGUCGGCGCCCCUGAUCGGCAGUGUUCCGCAGCGUAGCGGCUCGUGCUCCUCGUCUAUCACUGAAGUCCCACCUGUUGUACUUGAUGACGAUAACGAUGAAGACGGUGGUGAAGAUGCGCCACUGUCGCAACUUGGUGAAGAUGCCAGCGUCGGUGUCCAGAGGGAAGUGCCGCCCAGUUUGAGCGAAACAAGUGCUCGGUCGAUAGCCUCACAGAUGACGAGCGCAGUCGAAGGGCGCGUCGAACAUGCGUUCGGGCACGCCAUCGUGUUGCAACAGCAGGUUAUGAGCAUUCUCGAGGUGGAGAGCGCGGCUGAGGUGGAGGCGACGGGUGAGGAGGAGGGCGAAUACGAGGAUGUAGAUAGGUGA